GACUCCUUAGAAUAACACAUUUUCCUUUUGACACGGUUUUUCUUACCUUUUUUUUUUUCAAAAAUUUUGAAGGAGAAUGGAGGCUUUCCGCCUCUCACCACCUCAGCCGCUACUACUCCGCCACAAAGAGAGGGUCCCUCAGACACCCUUUGUUGGGCCCCCCAUUACGAAGAAAUGUAACCUGCCUUUGAUCAGAGUCGCUGCGUCUAAACCGACAGCUGAGAUCUCUUCUCCCACCGUUACUUAUCGCGAAACCGAUGUCGUUUCGUCGAGGUUUACAGCCGUUCCUUCCGUGCCGCGUAAGGAGGUGCCUGCUAAUUCCCUGCAGUAUCCGUCUGGAUACUUAGGUGCGUCACCGGAACGCUCGGUGGAUGAAGGAAACCACGACGUAAUCAAUGCGAUGGGUUAUUUAACCAAUAUCUUGUCGUCUAAGGUUUACGAUGUGGCGGUAGAGUCCCCAUUACAGUUGGCGACUAAGCUCUCUGAACGAUUGGGCAAUCAAAUUUGGCUCAAGAGAGAAGAUUUACAGCCUGUUUUCUCUUUUAAGCUUCGUGGAGCUUAUAAUAUGAUGGCAAAGCUUCCAAAGGAGCAGCUAGAAAGAGGGGUUAUUUGCUCAUCAGCAGGAAAUCAUGCCCAAGGGGUUGCAUUGUCUGCCAGGAGACUUGGUUGCAAUGCUGUAAUUGCUAUGCCUGUUACCACACCAGAAAUUAAGUGGCAAUCUGUAGAGAGGUUGGGUGCAACUGUUGUUCUCAUUGGAGAUUCUUAUGAUGAGGCACAAGCAUAUGCUAAAAAACGGGCUAAAGAGGAAGGUCGCACCUUUAUACCCCCGUUUGAUCACCCAGACGUUAUCAUUGGGCAAGGCACUGUUGGGAUGGAGAUUGUGCGCCAAAUGCAGAGCCCAUUGCAUGCAAUCUUUGUACCUGUUGGUGGUGGUGGGCUUAUAGCUGGCAUUGCUGCAUAUGUAAAGAGGGUUUCCCCGGAGGUGAAAAUUAUUGGAGUGGAGCCUUUUGAUGCAAAUGCAAUGGCAUUGUCACUGCAUCAUGGUGAAAGAGUGAUGUUGGAGAAGGUUGGAGGUUUUGCUGAUGGAGUAGCUGUUAAGGAGGUUGGCGAAGAAACCUUCAGCAUAUGUAGAGAACUGGUGGAUGGUGUCGUUCUUGUUAGCCGUGAUGCUAUUUGUGCCUCUAUAAAGGAUAUGUUUGAAGAGAAGAGAAGCAUUCUUGAGCCAGCAGGUGCCCUAGCCCUUGCAGGAGCUGAAGCAUAUUGCAAAUAUUACGGCAUUAAGGGGAAGAAUGUUGCAGCAAUAACUAGUGGUGCAAACAUGAAUUUUGAUAAGCUUAGAGUGGUUACUGAACUGGCUAAUGUGGGUAGACAACAGGAGGCAGUGCUUGCAACUGUUUUGCCAGAGGAACCUGGAAGUUUCAAGCAAUUUUGUGAAAUGAUGGGGCCUAUGAAUAUCACUGAGUUCAAAUAUAGAUGUACUGCUGAUAAAGCUGUUGUUUUGUACAGUGUUGGUGUUCACUCAGUUUCUGAACUUGAAGCAAUGAAGCAGAGGAUGGAAUCUUCUCAACUUAGAACUUACAAUCUUACAGCAAGUGAUUUGGUUAAAGAUCACCUGCGGUAUUUGAUGGGAGGCAGAUCGGAUGUUGAAAAUGAGGUUCUGUGCCGGUUUAUUUUCCCAGAGAGGCCUGGCGCUUUGAUGAAGUUCUUAGACACAUUUAGUCCACGCUGGAAUAUUAGUUUGUUCCAUUAUCGUGGUCAGGGCGAAACAGGAGCAAAUGUUUUGGUUGGAAUCCAAGUCUCAAAGAGUGAGGAGGAUGAGUUUAUCCAUCGUGCUGAUAGCCUCGGAUAUGAAUAUGUACUGGUAAAUGAUGACGAGAACUUUCAACUUUUGAUGCACUAGUUAGAUUUAAUUCCCAAGUAGACAGGGAGAGGCUCAGUUCACAUCUUAGAGAAAGCCAUGAAGCAGAUGGAAAGGGGCUUUCCAAUCCUCUUAAUCGCUAGUGGAAUAGCCAGGUCAUGUGGUUAUUCUCAUUCAUUUUUUGUAAUAUAUGGUUUUGGUUACUGCUGCCUUGGUAGAUUACUAGUUUUCUUGCUAUGUACUAUAACACAUGCAUAUAUAUGUGUUUGAUGCUUUGAAUCAGUUAAUAAUCUAUCUUGGUACCGUUGCUCCUAUAA